AUGUCAUUCUAAGUUCUACCUACCGAGUGCCGAAUAAGGAGUUCAAAGAGUUUUAUUUGUAUUGUACAACAAAAGAAAGAUAAAAUUAUGGCUCGCGAAAGUAGUGCUGGUUUCGAUAGACAUAUAACUAUUUUCUCACCUGAAGGCAGGCUAUACCAAGUGGAGUACGCUCUGAAGGCUAUCAACCAGGGCGGGCUGACGUCGGUGGCGCUGCGCGGCGCGGACGUGGCCGUGGUGGCGGCGCAGCGCAAGGUGCCCGACCGGCUGCUGGACCCGGCUUCCGUCACGCAUCUGUUCCGCCUCACCGACCGCAUAGGAUGCGUGAUGACUGGCAUGACAGCGGACAGCCGGUCUCAAGUGCAGCGUGCGCGCUACGAGGCUGCCAAUUGGAAGUACAAGUAUGGCACAGACAUCCCCGUACACAUCCUGUGUCGCCGCAUCGCCGACGUGUCCCAGGUGUACACACAGAAUGCAGAGAUGAGACCACUCGGCUGCACAAUGAUGCUGAUUGCAUAUGAUGAGGAGCAAGGCCCCUCGGUGUACAAGACUGACCCCUCAGGCUACUACUGCUCCUACAAGGCAGUAGCGGCAGGUGCCAAGGCUACAGAUGCUAAUGCCUACCUGGAGAAGAAGCUAAAGAAGCGCUCAGAGCUGUCUUCUGACGAUGCGGUGCAGCUGGCCAUAGCUUGUCUGUCCCAAGUGCUGUCAGUGGACUUCAAGUCUGCAGAGCUGGAGGUGGGGGUGGCCAGCAAGGAAGACACAAAGUUCAGGGUGCUGACAGAGAACGAAAUCGACAGACAUUUGACUGCCAUUUCUGAGAGGGAUUAAAGGAUUCCUUAUACUAUCUUACAUGUAUCAUUUUAAUAAAAAAAUCUAUCAUA